UGUUUUAUACAUUUUAUUAUAGGCUGGCUGUUAAUUCCAUCUCAAUCUGUCAUCUUUGUCAGGCAAACGUGUCAAACGGUCGUUAUUUCGUGCUCCAGCCUCCAGCCUUGUGGGUGUAUGCAUUCAAGAUGCUUGAAAAGGAAGAACUGAGGAGACUGAAAGGGGAUAUCAUAUGUCCCAGACUGGACGUUUUUGACGGAAUUCAUGAGGAACUGGAGAAAGGGACGGCAAUUGGAUUUGAGUGUCCAGUUGGACAGGCCAGCGCUGAGCUCUUCCGGAAGCUGUAUGAAGAGGUGACAAGAACGACUCUGUCAGUGGAUACUUGCACUAAGGGCGGCAAGUUUCUGGCAUACAGGGCGACGUAUGUGUGCCAUCACAACGUCCGCGAUCGGGGUCGGAAGGCGUCUGCAAAGGACACUCAGUGCCCCUGGAGAUUGCAUGUGGUCUCCAAGACUAGGAGCUCUAUGUCGCGAAUCAGCGAUAAUCUGCAUGCAUCCUGCGGCCUGGUUGUGAGGGGCCUGGGACAUCACAACCACGCCACGGACAUUCCGGCUGCACUGAAACACCGAAGGGUCAGCGACGCGACCGAGGCCAAGCUCAAGAGCCUGUUCAGGCACUAUCAUUCUCCGAGCACGGCGCUGCAGACCCUCGACAUGGAGCUCAGGGAGGAGUGGGGGGAGGAGUAUCCUCUCAAGGCUGCCGAUCGCUCGCUCCUGCCAGAUCUUUCCUACGUCUACCGGUUCGUGUCCUUAUCUUUCCAUCCGGCAUAUCCGAGUUCUCAUCCGACAGUACCUAUACCUAUAUACGCCUGCCACAGUAAGCAGUUGAUAACCAUGCAGUAAUAUGACUACGCAGAAUGCUAGUCCUCCUACGCUCAAGUUCGAUUAAACUACGUCUCACACUAUGUAUCACCGGAUUAAUGCGAACUUCAAUAGGAACACGACUUCAAUCCUUUGCGUUUCCCAUGUAUUCCGUUUUUUUUUUUUUUGUGUGUGUGUAAUUGAAAAAUAUAUUUCUAUAAGCACUGGCGGACGGUACUAGUUCUAACUAGCACCAUCCAGUUGGUGAGCAAUAGUAUGUGUAAGAUAUGGUGAGCAUCGCAUAUAUAAUAAUGUUACGUGCCUUUGUGAGGCGCCAAACUGUCCAUUGCACAACUUGCUCUUCAAUGUCCUCCACAGUUGAAUCGUUUGGUGAGGCAGUGGGUUCGAUUCCCACAGCUGACUUGAUCCGUACCAGUCAGACCUGGCGAGCGUCUCAUACAAAUGGAUUUGACUAGAGGUGUUGUGUCCAGUGCUGCGGAGUCGGCCGGAGUCGGUAGUUUUGGCCGGAGUCGGAGUCAGUAAUUUUUCACCGACCAGAGUCGGAGCUGGAGUCGGAUUCGAUUUUAGCGGGCCGGAGCCGGAGUCGCUGAAAUUCGGUCAACUCCGCAUUACUGGUUGUGUCGUGUCAACUGUGAUAAUUGCCCAUUGUGCGACCUUUCCGUUUUCAGGUCAUUAAAGGGCACUGCGUUCUUUGACUUUAUUUCAGCCUGUACUACAAGAUCCACGGCGAGCAGUACGGGGACCAGAAGAAGACGGCGCUGGUCGACCGCCUGCUGGAGUUGGCCGAGAGCCGCUCGGACACGCGGGUGGACGUGUCAGACGGCCGCUGCACCG